UUUAUUUGAUUAAUAACUCAAACAUUGAUUUGUUUUGAAACUGUUUUGUCAUUCAAUUGAUUGACAAUUGUUUACAAAUCAAUCGAUCGUUCAUUUCAUUCAUCACUAAUUGUGUGAAUAUGUGUUUGAAUUGAAGACAUCGAUCGGAGCGCUAAACGGUGUUUAGGAGUACAUUACCAUUGGAUUCAAGUGUUGUGACAAUUGGUGACUAUUGAGUGAGCGAUGGCUCGAAGAGAUGGUCAGUCGAGGGGUGAGUCGAGCGGUGGUCACAAUUGGCAACGACCUCAUCGGUCGCAUCACUCGUCGCGAGCGCACACUUCUGGCCACCCGUGCGGUCAGAAUACCAUUCUUCACACCUUUGACGACGAGUUCUCAUUCAUCUCUCCGUGUCUUAAAUAUUCGCUUUUCUUCUUUAAUCUCAUAUUUUGGCUGAUUGGCGGGACACUGAUAGGUCUGGGCGGGUGGUCUUUCCUCGAAGAAUAUAACCAUACAUUCCUCAAAGUGCAGAAUAUAUUGGACUUUAUUUUACACAUUUCUGUGGCCCUCAUGACUGUCGGCGCCAUUAUAUUCAGUAUGAGUUUUGCCGGAUGUUUGGGUGCUCUGAGAGAAAACCUAUUUUUACUUAAAGUGUAUUCACUGCUGUUGUUAUUGCUGUUUGUGGGAGAAGUGAUAUUAUCGACCGUUGCUUUCGUUUUUCCCAAUUCUUUCUCCUAUUAUCUGAAAGAGAAUCUAUCAAAAGAUCCGAUCAUGAAAUACAGAGAUGACACUAAUCUCCAGAAUCUCAUUGAUGUCAUUCAGACUGAAUUCAAAUGUUGUGGUAUUUCUGAUAAGGGAUACAAAGACUGGUCGAGGAAUAUAUAUUUUGAGUGCAAUCAGACGAACCCGAGUCCAGAGCGCUGUGCUGUGCCUUUUUCCUGCUGUCGUAACGCUAAGAAUUUUGAUAGCGGUCUCAUAAACAUAAUGUGUGGAUAUAAUGUCCAGAAUAUCAGUUCUGUGGUUGAAGUCAACAAAUAUAUCUUUACCAGAGGUUGCAUUGAAGCCAUAACUGAGAUCAUUGAACGCAACAUGAAUUUAGUGGCGGCCGUGUGUUUGGGUUCAGCGCUCAUUCAAUUGUUUGCCAUGUUUUUAGCACGAUCUCUUCAGGGACAGAUCUUUGCACAACGAGCCCGAUGGAUGUGACACAUACUAGCAUAACCAUUUCUAUACUUAAUUUUACUCUCAUCUUUUCUCUCUCUCUCUCUCUCUCUCUCUCUCUCUCUCAAUAUUAUUUUCGAUCGGAAAUCUAUCUAAAAUGUGAUCUGAAUUGAGUUCAAAGAUUUAGAAAAUCAAGUAAUUUGAACCAAAAGUCAAUUUAUAUUAAAUGAAUAUAUAUUUUAUACGCUAAACGUAUUGAUGUUUUAUAUAAUUUUGAGCACAAUUUAUAAUCGUUUCCCGGAUAUCCGAAGU